UCACACUCUCCAUUGCCAUGAUGAUUGGUUUGUGUUGCUAGUGUUUGAUAGUUGGCGAACUCAGGAAGAUUGGAGUAGUUGUAGUGUUGGAGAUUAGUGGUCAGACGAAUGUCAGGUGCUAAAUGGAUACGAGAGGAAUGAACAGGUGACGAGAGGGAGAGCGAAGUACAUAAAGGCCUGACUUGGCAGGUACCGGGGACGCGUACAUCAUCGGUUCGCAGUCGCGGCCCUGCGUCAGAUUUCUUCUUGUCCGCUCUUGGUGGAAAGAGCGGCCCAAUCGCUGCCAUACGUCAUGCGGAUGCGCUAGGCUGCAAGUGGGUCCGCCGCUUGGUCCUCUCCACGAGUGACGACAGCUACGAUGAUCCCUCACCAUCACGAUCCAGCCCAUCAUGUCCCUGGUGGAUUAUCCAGAUUCUGCCUCGGAUGAUGAUGACCAGAGCCUCGAUGCCUCUGCCCAGACGGCACAAUCUGCCGCCAAAGCUACAUCGAAGCGCAAGCACAGCGCAUCUGGGGAUGCCCUGCCUCCGCUUCCGCCAGCCUUUCACGACCUCUACGCGACAAAUGCGCGCGUCAGCACUAGCGACAACCCAAGCCUACAUGGCGGACGGAAACGGGCUGUACCUCACGUCGAGGGCAAGUGGCCCAGUCAUGUCUACUUAGAGUGGAUACCUACACAGCAUGAGUCUGAUGCUCUACACAGCCUACUACAGCAUGUGAGAGAUACUAUUGCUCUUGAAAAUACCAAGCGAACGAAGAUACUGCCCAUACCAGAGAUCAUACCAUCUCUUCAGUCAGAACUGGGUGCGUCGCUACCUCUUCAUGUGUCGUUGUCGCGAACCCUGCAGAUCAACACCGAUGACAGAGAGCCGUUUCUGAAAUCGUUGAGUGUUGCUGUGCGGCGAUCCGCAGUGCGCGCUUUCAAUUAUGAGUUUCAGAACUUGAAGUGGGUGUCCAACUUCGAACGCAAUCGAUGGUUUCUGGUCCUUGGCAUUAAGAAGUCCGCACUCAACGAACUUAACCGUCUGCUACAAGCAUGUAACGACGCGACCCAAUACAGCGGUCAUCCAGGUCUGUAUACAGGCGGAGUGGGAGACGGUCCGAAGGAGAGCCAUGACUCUAACGACGGUCCGAAGCGGAGGAAGGUCGACAAGAACGAGCCUCAAAGCCAUGAUUAUUCGCAAUAUUUCCACGUCAGCAUCGCUUGGAACCUGGCUGAGCCUGACCCCGAGUGGGUUGCUCUGGUCCAAAAUAUCGACACCAGUAAGUUCGUUCAGGCACCUGAGGCUGCUUUUGAUGCCGUCAAAGUAAGGAUUGGAAACACAGUCCAUAACAUUGCCCUGGCUAGCAAGAGAGCCGGUCUUGGGAGGGUCGGAGGAGGGCUGGGUUUGGCAUGAUCAUCGCAUUGCGAUGACGUGCCGGGUUCUGGAUUCGCAAGCUGGCCAGGGUCUUAUCUCCUGUUGGGUGUCAGGAAUUAUGGACCCGGCAGCACGUUCCAAC